UGGGCCUGCAGAGCUGGGUGGCACACCAUGAGGCUGCUGAUCUUCCUGGGCCUGCUGUGGGUCUCAGUGGCCACACCCUUGAGUCCAAAGUGGCCUGAGCCUGUGUUUGGGCGCCUGGCAUCCCCUGGCUUUCCAGGGGAGUAUGCCAACAACCAGGAUCGGCGCUGGACGCUGACUGCACCCCCAGGCUACCGCCUGCGCCUCUACUUUACCCACUUCAACCUGGAGCUCUCCUAUCGCUGCGAGUAUGACUUCCUCAAGUUGAGCUCCGGGACCAAGGUUCUGGCCACACUGUGUGGGCAGGAGAGCACAGAUACUGAGCGGGCGCCUGGGAACGACACCUUCUACUCGCUGGGGCCCGGCCUGGAAGUCUUCUUCCAUUCCGACUAUUCCAAUGAGAAGCCGUUCACUGGCUUUGAGGCCUUCUAUGCAGCAGAGGAUGUGGAUGAGUGCCAAGUGUCCCUGGGAGACCCAUCCCCUUGUGACCACCACUGUCACAACUACCUGGGUGGCUACUACUGCUCCUGUCAAGCCGGCUACACCCUCCACCAGAACAAACAUACAUGCUCAGCCCUGUGUUCAGGUCAGGUGUUCUCCAGGAGAUCCGGGGAGCUGAGUAGCCCAGAGUACCCACAGCCAUAUCCCAAACUCUCCAGCUGCACCUACAGCAUCCACUUGGAGGAAGGCUUCAGUGUCAUCCUGGAAUUCGUGGGGUCUUUUGACGUGGAGAUGCAUCCUGAAGUCCAGUGCCCCUAUGACUCCCUCAAGAUUCAAACAGACAAGGGGGAAUAUGGCCCAUUUUGUGGGAAGACAUUGCCCCACAGGAUUGAAACAGAGAGCAACAAUGUGACCAUCACCUUUGUCACUGAUGAAUCAGGAGACCACACAGGCUGGAAGAUGCGCUACACAAGCACAGCGCAGCCAUGCCCUGAUCCUAUGGCGCCACCUAAUGGCUACAUUUCACCUGUGCAAGCCAAGUACAUCCUGAAAGACAGCUUCUCCAUCUUUUGCGACACUGGCUAUGAGCUUCUGAAAGGUUCUGCACCCCUGAAAUCAUUUGUAGCUGUCUGUCAGAGAGAUGGAUCUUGGGACCAACCGAUGCCAGAGUGCAGCAUUGUCGACUGUGGACCUCCUGAUGACCUACCCAAUGGCCACGUGGAAUACAUCACAGGCCUCGAGGUGACCACCUACAAAGCAGUGAUUCAGUACAGCUGUCAAGAGACUUUCUACACAAUGAGACACAACAAUGGUAAAUAUGUGUGUGAGGCUGAUGGAUUCUGGACGAGCUCCAAAGGAGAAAAAUCUCCCCCCGUCUGCGAGCCUGUUUGUGGACUGUCCGCCCGCAGUACAGGAGGUCGUAUAUUUGGAGGGCAAAAUGCAAAGCCUGGUGACUUUCCUUGGCAAGUCUUGUUACUGGGUGGUGCUACGGCAGCAGGUGCGCUUUUAUAUGACAACUGGAUCCUAACAGCAGCUCAUGCCAUAUAUGCGGAAAAAGAGGCCGCACCCUCCCUGGACAUUCGCAUGGGCGCCCUGAAAAGGCUAUCACCUCAUUAUACCCGAGCCUGGGCAGAGGCGAUCUUCAUACACGAAGAGUACACUCACAGUGCUGGCUUUGACAAUGACAUAGCGCUGAUUAAACUGAAGAACAAAGUUGCACUCAAUAGAAACAUCACACCUAUCUGCCUGCCUAAAAAAGAAGCUGCAUCCUUAAUGAGGACAGACAACAUUGGAACAGUGUCUGGUUGGGGGUUAACCCAAAAGGGCUUUCCAGCUAGAAAUCUCAUGUUUGUGGACAUACCAGUUGUUGACCACCACAAAUGUACCGCUGCCUAUGAAAAGCAGCUCUACCCUGGAGGAAAAGUGACUGCCAACAUGCUCUGUGCUGGUCUGGAAACCGGGGGCAAGGAUAGCUGUAGAGGGGACAGUGGAGGGGCACUAGCGUUUCUAGAUAACCAGACACAGCGAUGGUUUGUGGGAGGAAUAGUGUCCUGGGGUUCCAUUAACUGUGGGGAAGCAGAUCAGUAUGGUGUAUAUACAAAAGUCAUUAACUAUAUUCCCUGGAUCGAGAACAUAAUAAAUAAUUUUUAACUUGCACGUCUUCUAUCAGUAAAUAAUCCCCUUUUUAGUACUGGUGAAAGAUCUUAGCAGUAACGGACCCUGAGAAACAUUAACAGGUUUUGCUCUACUCCAAAACAAGAGGCCAGUAGGCCAACCUUGUGGGUUCAAGCUAUUCAGCACAGCGGUCAGUGCCUCUCCCACCCAACAUAAACUCCCUGCAUUUGACUACUUCCAAAGUCUACCUAAUUCUCUUACUGGCUGUUCCCAUUUCUGCGAAGUGUUCUCUGUUCACUUUCCUAGUGUUUUUAGAUGUGUUCCUCACUGAGCUCUAAAGUUAUUUUACAUAUUGUAGCAGUAUCAAUUUCAGAGUAACGGAUACAUACAUCUACUUCCUUUUUGGACUGGGUAUGAUUUCCCCAUUAAAAAUCAGUACCAAAAAAAGUUAAAUGUUUCUGGGACAGUCUCACAGAACCAAAAAUGAUCUUUAACUCUUGAUCCUGCUCCCACCCCCAGAGCACUGGGAAUACAGGAAUGCUCCACCACAGCCAGCCUUCAAUUUUCAUUUACUAAAUUGUUAGCCAAAGGAACAACAGUAUUUCACCCUUUAAGAGGGCAAUUCAGUCAAUCUUUCUGGUUUUUCACUGCCUCACAUAUUCUACAGAUACCUUGAACUUCUAUCCUUUUGUAACCACGUGCUGACCACUGGGAUUACAGGAAUGAAGGUUUUGUACCUGCCAGUCAAGCAUGCUACCAACUAGCACCUCCACUAUUAUUAUUUUUAAAAGACAAUCUAUGUAGCCCAAGCCGACCUCAAAUUCACUAUUCCUGUCUGCCUCAGCCUUCCAAGUGCUGGGAAUUAAGGUGUGGGCCACUAUAUCUGGCCUUGAUCUCACAACGAUCUGUCUGCCUCUGCCUCCAAGUGUUGGGGUUAAAGAUGUGAGCUGCCACCUGGCUACCAGUGAGCCCGAGCUACUUGGGCACAGGUAAAGUCAAAAUAGGGUAAAGAUUUGAACUCAUGUAUUAUACUUAACUCUCCUAGCACUUAACAACAAAACAGUGACAUAAUUAAAUUGCUGGAGUAAACUGCCUAACUUGAUAAGAUGCUGAUUUAACCUCAAAAGAAAAAAAAAAAAAAUCCCAUUUGGUUUUACUUGGCUCUUAUUUUAGUACAUAACAUUUCAGAAAGUUCUGUCUAGUCAGCUACCAUUAUAUGUAGAAAUUCAUUGCCAGUUUUGGCCUGCUUUCUCUUGGGCAUAUACAAAUUCUUAAGACUCACUUUUUAAACGAUGGAACUACUGCGAUCCUCUACAUCUUUCAUAUACAAGACUCACUUUAUAUAUGAGACAGAGUUCUAGGCCUAGAACUCCCUAGACCAGGCCAGCCUGCACCUCAGAGAUGUGCCUGCCUUUGCUUGCUGCUGGGAUUAAAGGGGCAUGCCACCACGCCUGGUUAAGAUUCACUUUUAAAAGUAACUUUUCAGCAUCUUUGUUACAUAUGAAAUAGAAAUCAUACUUUUCCAGUAAGACUCCAGACACUAAGCUGUUGGUGGCAACAAAACUUUUUAUUCAACUGUGUUUCAAAGAAUUUUUAGAAUGAAUGCAUUUUGAUGACCAAAUAGACUUUCAAAAACAAAUUUUUGCCAAGGAGUUUAUUUCUAAAACUUUGUUUAGGGUAGAAACUAUCUAUGGCUACAUAGUACUAUAGACAUGUUAAAAAAAAAAAAGCGGCUAC